AUGUUUGGCAACUCCAAUACCUUGAAGCCUCGGUACGGUAACAAGUCCAAGGGGUUCUUGCCUCUUCCAGCGACUUUCAGUCGCUUCCAGAAGCAACUUCCUCAAAAAAACAUCAUGGUGGUGCUCCUCCUCAUACUAGCAUUCUAUGUUGUGAUUAGUCCACUCUUGGGUACUUUAUACGGAUUAUUCCACUCUAAACCAGUACCUAAAUACCCACGUGCCCAUGGCUACACGAGCACUCAGUUGAUUGAAACUUCUUCGAAGUAUAUAUACCCACCAAUUGAACAUGCUCCACUUCUUAAAGUUUUAGGAGUGAAAAGUUUAGUUCAAGAAGCUAAGGUUAGAGAUUCAAACUUCCCAGAAAUUGAAAAAAAUCUUGUACUUUCACUUAAUAGGUUUGAUAAUCCAGACCCAGCCAUCCAAGCUGCCAAAGAAAAUGAAGAGAACGCAUUGCUGGAACUCUCAAGGGCUAAAAAUGCUUUCAAGAAUCAUGAUAAGGUUGUUUUCAAACCAAAGAAUAAGAAAAACUAUCCUGAUAUUAUUGUAGUUACAGCUGUUGACUUUGAGAAAUAUAGUGUUGAAUCUCUUACUAAAAUUGUCCAAAAUAGAGUUGACUAUGCUCAUAAACAAAAUUAUGGGAUUUAUGUCAGAUGGGUCCAAGAAUUCCUUCCACAUUUGAACUCAAUAAGUUAUUUGAGAAAUGAAGAAAAGGCUAAAUGGGUAAGAAUCUAUUGUUUACGUGCGGCCAUGUUUGCCUUCCCAGAAGCAAAAUGGUUUUGGUACUUGGAUGAAAGUUCCUUUAUCAUGGAAAAGUCUAUUAAUGUACACGAUUAUCUUCUCACUCCAGCUGCUCUUAAUCCAAUCAUGAUCCGUGAACAGUCGAUCAUACCGCCUCAUGGAUCAAUUAAGACAUACAAGAACACCAGAGCUGAUAAUAUACGCCUUAUUCUUACCCAAUCUGAACAUAAGGUGGAAACUUAUUCAUUCAUGAUUAAAAAUGAUGCUGUUGGUCGUUCUAUCAUUGAUCAAUGGGGUGAUCCACUUUAUCUUAACUAUAAUAACUUCCCAUUUGGUCCAGACUCAGCACUCACUCAUAUCUUGCAAUGGCAUCCAUAUAUCUUGAGUAAGACAAGUUUGAUUCCAGCACGUACCAUUGCGGCACAACAUACAGAUGUGGAAUUACCACCAACAAACGGUAAAGGUGGAGACCACGUUCAUUAUUAUAAGGGCGAUUUUGUAGUGUUAUGGGCUGAUUGUAAAGGGGAAGCAUGUGAAAAGAAUGUGGCACAUUAUUAUGAUAUCUCUAUUAAGGAGUAA